AUGUCAAAUAACGUCGUCGGCUCGGUCUACGAGCAGAUUAUUGAGGAUGUGCUCUCGACGUCGCGCGUCGACUUUGAGGAGAACGGCGUCGACGAGGGCGUGCUGGACGAACUGCGAAGAGGCUGGCAACGGAAGCUGACCCAGUUCAAUGUUGCUCAGUUCCCAUGGGAUCCCAAGCCGGAACCGGAGGCGGCCGCCAGCAAUGGCGCUGCUGCAGCCUCGUCUGGCGGCAAAGCGUCAGGCAAGGACACCUCGCCACCGACGUCGACGGACAACAGCUUCUCCCAGCCCACCAUGAGCCCAUUGACGUCGCAGAGCCUCUCGCUGCCCAGCCUGCCCAUGCCGGCGUUUGAGCCCGCCGGCAUCAAGACAGAGGACAGCACGCAGUCGUCGGGCGGCCACCGCAUCAAGACGGAGCCCGACGCGCAACACAGUUCGGGCCUUACGGGCGUGCCCUCUGCAGGGUCCCACAUGCCCCUGCCCAAUGCGCCGCCGUUCCCCUCGGCGGCCGGUGGGCCCGACAGUGCCGCCAUGCGUGCCGCCGCCAUGCUGAGCAAGGAAUUCGGCAGCGCCGCCAACGCAUCCAUUAACGCCAUGAACACGCAGCAGCAGCAGCAGCAGCAGCAGCAGCGUCCGGCGGGUGGCCAGCUCAGCAGUGCGCAACAGUACCGAGCACAAAUGUCGGCGCAGGCCGCCGCGCAGCUGAACGGCGCCAACGGCGCCAACGGCGUGGCACGAUCGCAGGUAGAUGGCGGCGCCGACGACGGUGCCGACGACGGUGCCGACGAUGGUGCCGACGAUGGUGCCGAGGACAGUGCUGACGCCUCGCUGUUUGAGGGUGUGCUUCUCCAGCAACAGCGGGCCGGCCAGCCGCCCGUCGAGCUGGGUCGAAUGGAGAUUGACAACCUGCUGCACGAGCAGAUGGCGCGGCGGGCGAAGCAGAUGGAGGGCGGCGGCCUGAUGCUGCCGCUGCAGCAGGCGAGUCAGCGUCAGGCUCGCCAGCGGCGCGCUGCCGCGACGGCCACCGCUGCUGUUCCUGCUGCGUCACAACCCAGAGCCGCUACGUCGAUGGCGCAGCUUGAUGGCAUCGAAGACGGCGACGACGAAGACGUUAAGGCCGACAUCUUGGACGACGAGGAUGCCAUCAACUCGGAUCUGGACGAUCCCGAGGAUGACCGUGAGGAUGAGGACGACGAGGACGACGUCAUGGGCCCGAUUAUGCUGUGCGUGUACGACAAGGUGCAGCGCGUGAAGAACAAGUGGAAGUGCACGCUCAAGGACGGUGUUCUCACCGUUAAUGGCAAGGAAUACGUGUUCCACAAGGCGACGGGCGAGUACGAGUGGUGA